UUUCUCUCGCCUCGCAUCCUCUUCCCAUUAUCUCACUCUCUCUCUCUCUCUCUCUGGCCUACCAAAAAUACUUCAAUGCGCUCUUAGUUUGUUCUGAUUCUCCACUUGACCUAUCUAUCCCGUGAAGAUAAACUGCUGCCGACGCUUCUCGCCGAUUACCCAAACUUUCGAUCUUGGUGUAGCGGAAAAUGGGUUUGAUUUCCGGAAUUUUGUUUGGGAUUAUCUUCGGCGUAGCUCUAAUGGCUGGCUGGAGUCGUAUGAUGACGCACCGCACCUCCAAGCGAGUCGCCAAGGCAGUUGAUAUGAAACUUCUAGGCUCCCUUAGCAGAGAGGAUUUGAAGAAAAUUUGUGGUGAUAACUUUCCACAAUGGAUAUCCUUUCCAGCCUUUGAACAGGUCAAAUGGCUGAAUAAGCUACUGAGCAAGAUGUGGCCAUUUAUUGCAGAGGCAGCAACUAUGGUGAUACGGGAUUCUGUUGAACCUUUGCUUGAAGAUUACAGACCACCAGGAAUUACUUCCCUGAAGUUCAGCAAAUUGACUCUGGGUAACGUAGCACCAAAGAUUGAAGGUAUUCGUGUUCAAAGUUUCAAGGAAGGUCAAAUCACAAUGGAUGUUGAUCUUCGAUGGGGUGGUGAUCCAAAUAUCGUUUUAGGUGUUACAGCACUUGUUGCUUCCAUACCCAUUCAGUUGAAGGAUCUUCAAGUUUUCACAGUUGCACGUGUUAUCUUUCAACUUGCGGAUGAGAUUCCUUGCAUAUCUGCUGUUGUCGUUGCUCUACUUGCUGAUCCAAAACCAAGAAUUGAUUACACUCUGAAGGCUGUCGGUGGAAGCUUGACGGCAAUUCCUGGACUAUCUGAUAUGAUUGAUGACACCGUUGAUACUAUUGUCAAUGACAUGCUUCAGUGGCCUCAUAGAAUCGUUGUUCCCAUCGGUGGUAUUCCUGUUGAUAUCAGUGAUUUAGAGCUUAAGCCACAGGGAAAGCUUAUAGUAACAGUGGUGAAAGCAACUAGCUUGAAGAAUAAGGAAUUGAUUGGAAAAUCUGACCCUUAUGCCACCAUCCACAUUCGUCCUGUAUUCAAGUAUAAAACAAAGGCAAUCGAGAACAACCUUAAUCCUGUUUGGGACCAAACAUUCGAAUUGAUUGCAGAGGACAAAGAAACCCAGUCGCUCACUAUAGAGGUAUUUGAUAAAGACGUGGGCCAAGACGAGCGCCUUGGACUUGUGAAACUUCCCUUAAGCGUUUUGGAAGCCGAGGUUACAAAAGAAAUGGAGCUAAAUCUGUUGUCUUCACUUGAUACUUUGAAAGUAAAAGAUAAGAAAGAUAGAGGAAGUAUAACCCUUAAGGUACAUUAUCAUGAGUUCAACAAAGAGGAGCAAAUGGCUGCAUUAGAAGAGGAGAAGAAAAUAAUGGAAGAAAGAAAGAGACUGAAGGAAGCAGGUGUGAUAGGUAGCACAAUGGAUGCAGUUGGGAUGGUGGGAAGUGGGCUCGGUGCUGGUGUAGGACUGGUUGGGACCGGUAUUGGUGCAGGAGUCGGUUUGGUUGGGACCGGAGUGAGCUCGGGUGUUGGGAUGGUUGGUAGCGGCUUUGGAGCCGUCGGUAGCGGAUUGAGCAAAGCAGGGAGAUUCAUGGGUCGAACCAUUACUGGUCAGUCCAGUAAACGUAGUGGCUCCUCCACACCUGUGAAUAGCGAGAACGAUGGUUCGAAACAACAGUAAGUAAACUUUGUGUUUAAGCAAGAUUUGUAACCAUCGUUUUACUCCUCUAGUCAUGCGAUGCGUCUUUUUUUUUCUUACUAUUUUCGCGGGUGUUUUUGUUUUUACUUUAUUUGAAAAAUACAUAUUUUGAAUGUUAUCUAAGAUUCACCCUUUCAAUU